UGAAGAAGCCCGUCCUGUAUCUUUACCUAUACCUUCCUUCAACUGCAUUAAAACUUUAACAUAUAUUCAUUUAAAUCUUUAGAUGCCCCAUACACUCCACCAGGAAACACCAACCAAAGCCAACUACCAGGGGCUCCAGGCAAAGGGAGUAGAGGCAGCUGCAGACGAUAAUGAUGCGAUAUAAAGAGGAAAAAGAAGCAAAGAAUGAAACAUUCAGGAAGUACCUUGAGUCCAGCGGAGUUCUUGAUGCUCUCACCAAAGUUUUGGUUGCGUUGUAUGAACAGAAUGAGAAGCCAUCCUCAGCCCUUGAGUUUGUUCAACAAAAAUUAGGGGGUCCAACUGCUUCUGAGUAUGAAAAGCUACAAACUGAAUUAUCAGAUUUGCUAGCAAAGUACAAUGAGCUCUUGGGCAAGCAUGAAGAGACCUGCAAAGAGGUCUUAGCACAAAAGUAGAGGCCUUGAGUGAUCCUUACAAACAAGUAGCUUGUCAAGUUUGUAAUCCCAGAAGAUAAUGUUUCUUCUACUUAUUUCUUGUUGGUCACAUACCUCUUUUAAGAAGAAAAUACCUAGAUUAGUUUCACUCUUGACACCAGGGAAUUCCGGUUAACCGAUCCUUGUUGUACUGCUUCUACUUUGAAAUUCAUAGGAAGCCUCUGUCCUGCUCUUCUGAAUGAUAUCAUACCUAACUUUUUCACCCUUAGUGUUUCUUCUUCUUUGAAUGGAAGCAAGAAGGUAGCUAUAUUUACUAGGAGAUUAGAAUUUCGAACUUCGGAGCAAUUUUUGUUUUCAUCUUUACUCCUGCAAACUUUCAUGCUGAUGGAGCAGGUUCUACUAAUUAGAUCACUAUUGUAGCAAAGCAUUGUUACCCUUCAUAUUCACAGUUACAACAUUGCAACUUGUCCUGAUGGUCUAGCUUUCUUCACAUUGCUUCACAUCAUUCAUUCGUUUACCCCAUAUCAAAUUCCUUUAGAGCAAGUUACCUGAGUUGUUUCCGCAGUGCAGUUAGAGGAACUUAAGAGUCUGCAUUAUUCGCCGUCUGCAAAAGAGACUACCGAUGGAGAGGCAUUGAAGGAUAAGGAUGAGGUCUGAGCAUAUGCUGAGCAGAAGUCAUGUUCUGCUACAAGGACCUUGCAUAGUGUUGAUUGGAACCAGUUCCCCUAUGUGUUGUACACUUUAUAUGUUAGUAAAUGUUACAAGGUCUAAUGACUCAUUGACUCUGUGGCCCUUUAUUUUUGUUGAUGUAAGUAAAACAUUUGUUGAUUCCAACUCUUCUACUGACAUUUAUGAGAUGGCCUACUGUUAAAAGGA